UGUUCACGCGCGCGCGCGCGCGCGUGUGUUUCUGGGCCGGGUGCGGGCUGCACGGUUGCAGGUUGCUUCUGUGUACCUGCGAGCGUGUGCCUGUUUGUCCCGUGGAGUCAGCGCUCAGUUCUGUGCCCGCAAGGUGUACAGGUACGUGCUGGCUGGUUUGGACCUUUGGGCUCGACCAUUUGCGUCCUUGCCUUCACUACUGUGGAUCAUUCUACAUUUGUGUUUCCGCGCAUGGUUUAUUUUUGUUUCUGGAGAGUAAAUUCCUGGAGCAGUUAUUAAGCUUGUCUGCUCUCACCUGGCUAACAUCGAGGCCUGCCCCCUUCUCUCGGCAGCCUGGGGCCCAGGCCGGGGCCACCAUGGCGCUGCCUCCAGGGCCAGCUACCUUCCCGCACACACUUCUGCUCCUGCCGGCCCUUCUGAGCUCAGGUACACCCCUGUUCAUCCCUUGGCCAUGCAUUUGUGUGGUCAAGUCCCCCUCUGUCCCCUCCUUGCCUGCACCUUCAGUUUGGGUACCCAUUCCAGGCACCAGAGUUGGGUUCCCUUCAUCCACCUCCCCAAGGUCCAGCCGUCCCUGGUUAGAGAACCCAGGUGCUCUGUCUCUUGGCCUGCUGCCCUUCUGUAACUGGACCUCAUCCCGGCCACAGAACAGUACUAAGCCUCCACCAGCUCUCCACAGAAUCCCCUGUGUUCCAGGUUGGGGGGAGUUGGCGCCACAAAUUGAUGGUCAUACCUGGGCAGAGCGGGCACUUCGAGAGAAUGAACGCCACGCCUUCACCUGCUGGGUGGCAGGGGGGCCUGGCACCCGCCGAUUGGCCUGGUACCUGGAUGGACAGCUACAGAAGACCAGCACCUCAAGACUGCUGAGCGUGGGCAGGGAGGCCUUCUCUGGAGGCACCAGCACUUUCACUGUCACUGCCCAGCGGGCCCAGCAUGAGCUCAACUGCUCCCUGCAAGACCCAGACAGUGGCCGGUCAGCCAACGCCUCCGUCCUCCUCAAUGUGCAAUUUAAGCCGGAGAUUGCCCAGGUUGGGGCUAAGUACCAGGAAGCUCAAGGCCCGGGCCUCCUGGUCGUCCUUUUUGCCCUGGUGCGUGCGAACCCGCCUGCCAACGUGACCUGGAUCGACGAGGAUGGGCCGGUGACUGUCAACACCUCUGACUUCCUGGUGCUGGAUGCCCAGAACUACCCCUGGCUCACCAAACACACCGUGCAACUGCAGCUCCGCAGCCUGCCACAGAACCUGUCCGUGGUGGCCACCAACGAUGUGGGUGUCACCAGCGCCUCGCUUCCGGCCCCAGGCCCCUCCCGGCGUCCAUCCCUGAUCUCUAGUGACUCCAACAACCUGAAACUUAACAACGUGCGCCUGCCGCGGGAGAACAUGUCCCUCCCGUCCCACCUGCAGCUCAACGACCUCACUCCGGACUCCAGAGGGAAACCAGCGGACCAGCAGAUGGCUCAGGACAACAGCCAGCCAGAGCUUCUGGAUCCGGAGCCCGGCGGCCUCCUCACCAGCCGAGGCUCCGGACGCGCAGGCUCAGCAGCCAUCGCUCACGGGCCCAGCCGCUCCGCGGCAUGUGGGAUCUUCCUGGACCGGGGCACGAACCCGCGUCCCCUGCAACGGCAGGCGAACUCUCAACCACUGCACCACCAGGGAAGCCCAUAAUGUGAACUCCUUGAAGUCAGAGACCAUCAGUUAAACUGACUCAGCAAAUCCUCAUGAAAUCCCUGAGCCCACAAGUGUUUCCGAUAGUGCAAGUGACAUCACAGGAUUCGGGCAGUAGAGCCGAAAAAGAAGGAAAACUCAUUACACUGGGUUUCUGAGCAUCUGAUAAUCCUAAAUAGAGGAGAUCAAAAGAGCUGCUGGAAUUUCACUUCUCAGUGACGUCCUCCUGUCCAGUGUUUUGAAGGACGCGUUUUCCUCCUUGGCAAGGGGGCUUUUCUCACCCUUCAAGAGGGGCUCCAUGCUCUUCAUCAUCAUCAUCGUCAUCAUCAGAAUCAGUUUCAGAUGAGUCAUCAUCGUCGUCAUCAUCGUUUUCACUAAAGCCCCGCUGAGGAGUGGGCUGCGAGAUCUUCUUUUUCUCCUGAGAUAGGGCAGGAGAUAGAAAGGUCCAGGUAAGGAGAAAUUUAGUGUACCUUUACCCAGUUCUCUCCUAGUGCUCUAACCAGAACCCUCCCGCCUGACACCAAUUCACUGGAAAGAGAAGGAAGCACUCCCAAGAAGGGCCUCGAGAACCUUCUUCUGCUCCUCCUUAGCUACUGAGUCCCCACUUUCUAUAACCAUGGUCUCUUCCUCUGCUCGAGGCUUGGGUAUAAAUUUUAUCGAAUACGUAUCUCUUUUACCUAUUACUUAGGAGAUUCUGAGAACUCUGCAUAAACUUUAUCCAGUCAGCUUCAACUCUAAAACUGAGGGACUUCUGAAGAAGAAAGCAACUCUAAAUAUAAUAGUUAUUUUGGGAAGAAAUGGGGGAAGAUGAAGUAGGGAAGACACACUUUAGGGAAUCUUAAUACUCACAGAGAUCACAGGGAGGAAAUCUAGUAUUUAAUUUGCAAGACUGCCCAGGGUAAGCUGCUUGUAACUAUCAAAAGAAGAAAGUUCAUAAUCAACCCCGGGCCUGGAUUCUGACCAGCAGUUCCGGAGACUGUGGGUUUUCCCUUUCCAUUCAAUGGGUAUCUGACCUAUGCAUGGUUCCCCUCCCUUCCCCCGUAAGUUAAAUGCAAUGACUGUACAUUAUAUCUCAAGAUAAGAGACUCUUCUGUCCUUGGCAUUACGACCUACCUUUCUGGGCUUCUGGUUCUAGAUGCACCACCCCACCCUCAAGCUGACGAGAAGGGGUAAGGUGGUGCUUGGGCUUGCUGGGGCAGUUGGGACAGGGUCCAUGUCUUUGACUUUAGGGCCUGGAGCCUGUGGCAUGCCCUCACUUAGGACCUAAAGGGUGGCCAAUUGGCCCCCUUUAAAAAUAGGUUUUUCAAGCUUGGUUUCCAUAUGCCAUAUGGCUUACACUGAGGUUAAGAGAUAAUUGGUUCUAGUUUUUUGAAUUAUUUAAUGUUUCUUUUACAUUAAAGCAGCUACUGACAUAUAAAACUGUGACACAUUACAGGACAUCAAAAACUUCUUUGGGUUACAUUCUCCUCUAAGCAUAACACAGAUUUAUUAUACAUAGAUAAAAAUAUAUUUUAACUAAUCUGUAACAUGUGAGACUGAUGACACAGUUGCAGAAUAUGCCUUAUUGGUAUACAAUUGGUAAGAAUCUCCCACAGUGUUCUUUCCUAAUUCAAAAUCUGCCCAAAUUAUUCUUGGUCACAUGGGAAGCAGUCUGGCAAGGAGAGAUUUUUAAGAAUAUCGUCAGCUCAAAGAUUAUUCAAAAGUGGAUCCUAUCUGCUGAUUCUGGGUGCAUAUUAAAUUGGAAAGAUAAAUGAGCCUUGAAUAUUGACUACAUCAUGAUGAAAAGUAGAAAAAUUUAGGGUGAAUAUACAAAAUUAGGAGGUCAAUUUAGGAAAAUUGUUCACUUUUCUUUUGUCUGCUUCUUCAAAGUAGUGCUUUGCAAAAUCUCUGACCUAUGGGAGAAGACUUUAUAUACCACAGACAAGAUGCCAAAAAAUGACUUUGUAGGUAAGAUGUCAAACAGCACACUAGUCACAAAGUGGGGCUAUCUUAAAACAUGACCUUUUAGACUUUCUAUGAAAUCCGUCUCUGUUGCUACAGCUUUCUGCAUUACUUCAAAUAUUCUCCUUCACCUGAGUUUUCAAAACGCCUGUUCUUGGAGGACGAUUAAAACAUAACCAUUGGACCAUG